UGCAAGAACUGUUUUGGUGAGCCCUUUUUUUGCACGAAUUGCUGCAGGAGCCAGCACCAGAGGCUGCCCUUCCAUAGGAUUAGUCAAUGGACAGGAAGAUGCUUUGAGGAUUCUUGCCUAGUAAAAACUGGGCUAGUGAUCUGGCUAGGACACAAUGGAGAUGCUUGUCCUUGGGAUGAUGAGGUUGCUGACGAAUUUUUGGCCAAAUCUGAAGCCAACAGUAAUUCCGGCAACUACACUCCAUGGACAGCAGAAUACUGGAAUGAACAACCUCCUGGGUUACAGUAUUCAAAGGAUGCCAAUGAUCUACCAACUGGUGUACCAUUCAUAAAAAAUGGCAAAAGAAUAACAACCAUAGUGGAUAUGUCCGGAGUGCAUACUCACAUGGUAAAGUAUUAUACAUGUGCCAAUGCACCUAGUGCCGACAUACAGCUAUUUCAAAUGGGUUUGUUUCCAGUAUCAUUUAAUCAACCAAAGACUGCCUUUACCUUCAAUGUCCUAAACAACUUCUUGCUUGAUAACUUGGAGUGUGGCACUUCGGCGAUGAAUUACUAUAAGUGUAUUUCCUCACUUGGUACUGGUGAGGGCAUUUUUGCAUCGGCGGCACCGAAGUUGAUAUUUUUUCAGGACUGGUAUUGGGAGCUCAUGCAGGUGGUCAGAUAA